GGGUGGGAGGAGGAAAUAUGGGGCAGGAGGAGGAAUAUGGGUUUCUGUGGAGGUGCUGGAGAAGUGAUUGUUGGUGGAACCCUGGGAGGGAAAAAGUGAUGGUGAGAUAGUAGGGAGUGGCCCUGGAUGUGGCCAUUGUGUGACCCUGGAGGUGUGCUGGAAGAGCCUCAGUGAUGGCUGUGGUUUGACACAGAGGUGGCCGUGGUGUGGCCAUUAUAUGGCCCUGGAGGUGGCCAUACGUGGGAUCCAGUGCCGGGGGACCUGAAGAACAUGGACUGCAUGUUUCCUUGAGGUCCCUUUGGGAUGAGGAGGGAUGUGGAACAGUUCCCUCUGAGCAGGAAGAGAGCAGUGCCAGAGAUUUCUAGAAAGCAGACCCCAAACCACCCUGCUCAGAACAUCCCUGUGCUGCUCUGCAAUUAGGUGGGUUUUAAUUGCAGAUGUGCACAAGGAGAAAGCUCGCUGGGAACCUUUGAGUCGCUCCACCUGGAUACCCAGUCCUGCCCACCUUUGUUAGUGCCUGGAGGGUAAUUAGCUGCUGGAUGAGCCCAGGGAGAGGCGGGCUCAAAUUUGGCCAAUGCUUCCACACCAUUGUUGAGUGCUGAUGAGAGCUUUGCUGAGCUCUGAGUUGUGCCACUGUUUCCCAGCUCAUUACCUUCUACUCUAGUUACUGCGGGGGUCUGUGCGCACAAAGAGGUGGGGACAUGCAUUCCAAAAGCAUCCCUGGGCACUUGCGCAGAGCCUCAUGUCAAUCUUUAACACCCAGCACAGGGAGAACACCGAGAAACACUGCCCAGAUAGGAGCAGACCUGCUUAGGAGCUGCAGAAAUUGGGGGUAAGGCGCUGGUGGUGGUGUGUUCUGCAAAGUGGGGCAUUUCUAGAGCUCUGGAAAGGAGUUGCUCACAAACAGUAGUGCUGCUCGUGGAGAAUUACCCUAAUUAAAGGUAGUCCCAUUUCAAGGAUAUUUUUAAAUUUACGUUAGUUGCCUAAUUAAAUAAAACUGGGCAUAGGCAGUGUUGUCUUGUUUGCCAGCAACAGUGUUUCUGGCUUGCGCCCCGCUUGCCAGUGAAAGGCAGCACAGUGUGCACUGUUGGUGUGUGCACCCUUGUGUGUGCAGCACUGGUUUGUACAUACUAGUAUGUGGCUAUACUAUGCAUAUGUGUGCAUAGGUGGCUGUGCACAUUGUGCAUGCACAUAUAGUUGUGCACAUUUGCAUGCACGUGUGGCUCAGCAGAGGUUUCAGAACCUGCUCUUGCAGUAGCUUCCAUACAUCCAACUGUACCUUCUCUUGAGCGCUGCUUUGCAGGCAGACAUUGGGGUCUGUUCCCUGUACAGGUGUGCGGGGCUCUUGGUGUGCAUGGAUUGAUGUGUUGGGAUUUCACACUGUGCUCACAAAAUGCUGCUGCGGAUGCUGUGCUGCUUCUGCCUGGGGACAAUGACAACUGACGAGGCCACCAAGCCUGAAGGUGAGGUGCAGGCAGCUGCGCUGGCGGAGCGUGGGGAGGACAUCACACCUACCCGUGACCGCGGCGUGCUGAAGAUCAUCAAGAGACCCGGGAACGAGGAUGAGUUCCCUAUGAUUGGAGACAAGGUGUAUGUGCACUAUAAGGGCAAGCUGUCCAAUGGCAAGAAGUUUGACUCCAGCCGCGACCGCAACGAGCCCUUUAUCUUCAGCCUGGGCAAGGGCCAGGUGAUCAAGGCAUGGGACAUCGGGGUUGCUACCAUGAAGAAGGGUGAGGUCUGCUACUUGCUGUGCAAACCGGAGUACGCCUACGGGGCUGCUGGCAGUGCUCCUAAAAUCCCCUCCAAUGCCACCCUUUUUUUCGAGAUAGAGUUGCUUGAUUUCAAAGGCGAGGACCUGUUUGAGGAUGGAGGGAUCAUCCGGAGGAUCAAGAGGAAAGGAGAAGGCUAUUCCAAUCCCAACGAAGGUGCUACAGUGGAAAUUCACCUGGAAGGGUUCUGUGGUGGAACCCGCUUUGACUGCAAGGAUGUGAAGUUUGUAGUGGGCGAAGGAGAGGACCACGACAUCCCUAUUGGCAUUGACAAAGCGCUGGAGAAGAUGCAGAGGGGAGAGCACUGUGUCCUCUACCUAGGGCCACGAUACGGCUUCGGCGAGGCAGGGAAACCCAAGUACGGCAUUCAGGCGAACGCUGAGCUGGUGUACGAGGUCACGCUGAAAAGCUUUGAGAAGGCCAAAGAGUCAUGGGAGAUGGACACCAAAGAGAAGCUGGAGCAGGCUGCCAUCGUCAAGGAGAAGGGGACAAUGUACUUCAAGGAAGGCAAAUACCUGCAGGCGGUGAUUCAGUAUGGGAAGAUCGUGUCCUGGCUGGAGAUGGAGUAUGGCUUGUCAGAGAAGGAGUCAAAAGCCUCCGAUUCCUUCCUGCUGGCUGCCUUCCUCAACCUGGCCAUGUGCUAUCUGAAGCUGCGCGAGUACACCAAAGCUGUUGAGUGCUGUGAUAAGGCGCUGGGGCUGGACCAGGACAACGAGAAGGGCUUGUACCGGCGGGGUGAGGCCCGGCUGCUGAUGAACGAGUUUGAGCUGGCAAAAUGUGACUUUCAGAAAGUGCUAGAGGUGAACCCACAGAACAAAGCAGCCAGGUCGCAGAUUGCCGUCUGCCAGAAGAAGACAAAGGAGCACAAUGAGCGGGACAGGAGGAUCUACGCCAACAUGUUUGCCAAGUUUGCUGAGAGGGAUGCAAAGGAAGCAGCCAGCAAAACCAGAGUAGAAAAAGAGGCAGCGACAGCAUCAUGUGAUGAAGGCAAAGAGACAGAGGGGCACGUAUGAUGGAGGAGGUGGCAGAAGGGCAAGCCUCCUGCCUUCAGCCUGUGCCAAGAACUUUGCCAGGACUCAGGACCUGCUGGUGUUUCCUUGUAAAGUUUGUUCCAGUUUGUGUGAUUGUGGAAGCAAAAGUGCCUCGCAGAGAUCAGACCAGCCCGGUGCUGCUGCCAGCUGCGAGCAGUUGGAUGGUGUGGGACCACCACCAGUGGAACAACCGCCUUCGCAGGGGUGGGGGACAAAGAAAUCAAAGCUGGAACUCCUGGCUUCAGGAGGCUCACCUUGCUCUAUGUCCUCUGGGAGCAACUGGGAUGUCGAAGCAGUGUGGCAGGUUGCAACCAAGCCUUCCUCAUGCACUGCCUUCCUCCUCUUUCUUCUCACUGUAGGGCUGGGGGAGCUGCAACAGGGUGUCCGGACCCCACUGUGCUCACUGGUUGUGUUCCCUGUUCAAAUUUUUCAACAGAGGUUUCAUGGCCCAUAGGAACAAAAAUAAUUAAAAAAAAAGAAAAAAAAAAAAAAAGAAAGAAAGAAAAAAAAAAAAGGAGAGAAGCAGUGGUCAGGGAUCAAAGGGGAGGUUCUUGUGGAACUGGUGCUGCACGGUGCCAUCCUCCAGCCAGCCCUGUGAGAAAGGAUGUGGGCACUGCCUGCAGAGAACAGCUUUCAAGUUUUUAUUUUUACUGUCUGGUCUUUGUAAUACCCAUUGGAAGCUGGAAAAUAGAGAACUGAAAAAAAAAAUAA